CAAAAUGGCAAAGUUAGUUUCAGUCAUUAUGAAUAAUAAAUGUUAAUGCUAAUCUGGUCACACAAUAAACAAAAAACACAAUAUGUCAUGUAGUAGCUCAAAAUAUUGUUUCAAUUCAUGAAUAUAUUUCAACAUAAAUUAAGAUAUUGGCCCCCAAAACUUUAUUUUGAAAAUCCACAUACCGGAAGGUACAAAGUUGCUGCUGCUAGCUUAAAUCUACUCACCGCCAAACGCCACAUUUAGCGACUAGUUUGACCUGAAAUGUAUUAUUUUGGAGAAUUUAUAUGUACAUUUAGAUGAAGUAAAAAUACUUAAGUUGUUUAUGUGAACAGUUCAGUCGAAAAAUAACAUAACGGCGCUGAAGGUUUUUGUUGAAAGUUGGUGACGGUGUAACGAGGAUUUGUGUUUACCGGACGCAAGAUGUUCUAAGAUGCCUUCUUUUGACUUUCUGGAUAAGGUGGAGCUGUUUGUGCGCGCAGGAACGCAUCCUGUAGAUGCGUCAAAGACUUCAAAGAAAGUCAUUAGAGCUGCCAGCAAACACUUUAUCUACAAAGAUGGCUGCCUAUGGCGCAGUUAUCGAGGCCGCCUCCUCCGCGUUGUCAGGAGCGACGAGGAAGUGAGGGAGAUCCUGACCCGUUACCACGACAACAACAACCAUGCUGGCCGGGCCCGGGCAGUAAAGGAGAUAAUGUUGAUGUAUUACUGGGUUGGAGUGACGGAGGCAGUGAAGACCUGGAUCAAAGCUUGUGCUGUUUGUCAGAACCGAAGUCCCACCGAACUAGCCAACCACCCCGUCCAGUUCUGCCUGGCCUACGGCUGCAAUGCCUCCAGUUACGUUUACCCUGAGCUCGGCUUCCACAGGUUUCCGAAGGAGGCAGAGCGACGGCGAAGGUGGCUGGCGGUGGCUCAGAGGGACGAAGGCUCGCUGCGCACAAACUCCUGCCUCUGCUCGAGACACUUUGAGCCGUCCUGCUUCACGCUGAGCGAGGAGGGUCGGCUGACUCUAUCACCAGACGCAAUACCCACUAUCAUCCCUGUGACAGUGCAGGAGGACGAGGUUCCUGUCCCUUCAGAUGAGGACUUCCUUCAGUCCAGCACCCUGGAAGACCUCCUCUCUACAGCUGCUGCUGCAGAAACCACAGAUGUGAACCCCUCUGAACCGGCCUUCGACCACUCCGAAACACCCGUGGAGCUGCAGGAACACCAGUACUGCCUCCCAGCUCCGGAUCCAGACUCCAGGGCGGUCCAGACAGUGACGGAGUACAAGAGGAGGAAGACCAUCAUCGAGCCGAGCUUCGCAGCUUACAACCAGAUCGCCAGGUAUCUGAGUCACAGGGUCUUACCUAUGCAAAGCAAGAAAAGCAGAGGUGCUUUAAAAAGGAUGGCCAAGCGCUUUGGCCUAAUAGAUGGAGUGCUGAUGUACACACGAGUCUCUCCUCCUCUCAGAGUGCCGCGUAGCAGAGAGGAGGUAAACUCGAUCCUGCAGCAGGUCCAUGACAACCAGGGCCACUACGGCCAGGGAAUCUGCCAGCGAGAGAUCACAAAGCACUUCUACUGGGCCAGCAUGACCCGAGACCUGGCCCACUGGAUCUCCAGCUGCCACACCUGCCUCAACAGAACCAAGAGGAAGUGGCUCCGCUGCAGCGUCUACAACUGCACCAACUGCUGCGGGCCGGUGGAGAGAGGCCUGGGCCUCACCUUCCAUAAGUUCCCUCUUCACAACGUGGCCCAGCUGGCUCAGUGGCUGAAGGCAGUUGGUCGUCCUAACUGGCAUCCUCGGCUCCAGUCGUCUGUUUGUUCGACCCAUUUCACCGAGGACUGCUUCGACCGCAGCGGGGAGAAGGUCACCCUCCAUCCAGACGCAGUGCCCACCGUUUUGCUCCACAGCGACUCAGCGUCUGCGUCCAGAGGUCCGAACCAGCCUGCUGUGGGGGAGGAGGCCUAUUUUGCCAAGUACGAUGCAGUGGAGCUUUACCUGAGCAGGCGCACCUAUCCUCCUGGACUUAGUUACGUUGAGAAGAACACCUUCAGGAGGUUCUGCAAGAAGUUUGCCAUCAAAGAUGAGGAGCUCCACAUGGUGAGAGGAGAUCGGGAGCGUUUGGUUCUGAGGAACAGACAGCAAGUUGAAGCCGCUCUGGUGGAUUAUCACAACGAGCUGAACCACCUCGACGUCAACAAGUGUCUCAGACUGCUCAACGAAAGGUACUUCUGGAAAACCAUGAGACCUGAUGUGGUGCAGUGGAUCAACAGCUGCUCACAGUGCAGCAGCAAGAAGAGGAAGCAACCAGAAACAGAACCAGGAGGAUCAGAGUCGCUUCUGCAGGCGCUGAUAUCGCCACAGAUACAUGAUGGUUUAGACAGUAGGAAGGAUGACGAUGGUUACAGUGAUGACGACGGUGGGGAUGUUGAUGAAGGUGUUGGGAGUGUCGGUGAUGAAGAGAGGCAGCCAGCAACGUAUUCAGAGGACAGAGCGGAGAACCCUUUGUCCCCCCAGCCUGUAACUCCCAUCAACCCUCAGCCCAGAAUUCCCAUCCUACUUCACCUAAGAACUCCCAUCAACUUCCAGCCCAGAACUCCCAUAAUCCUCCAGCCAAGGACUCCUAACGCCCCCUUUGUCACCAGAUUCUGGUCUGUCAAGAGAGGGAUCCCUCCACAGUCUGAAGUCCAGAAGGAGACAAACAGCUCUGACAUCCAGCCUGAGAACCAAAGCAGCGUCCAGGUUCAAGUAAAACCUCGGCUGGAGGAGCAGACACAACCUCAGGACCAGAAAGAAACGAGUGGCUCUCAGGGCAGCGCCAGAACACAUCACUAUGUCAAAGACCGGGACGUAACCAAGCCUCUCACAGAGUCACAUCCUCCACCUGAGCUCCCAGCAAAACCCAAACUUCCACAAGCCACGAGCAAGCAAAUUCAACCUCCAAGUCAAAGCAAAGGAUUAAAGACCCAUCCCCAAAUUUCAACACAGACCCGGAACCAUGGCAGCGUCCAGCGCCCGGUGAAGAGGAAGAGAGACCUGGAGGCAGGCUCGUUGGCUAAGAGGAGCUCCAGCUGUGGCCUGGAGCCUGUGGUGGCCCCGAGCACCAAACCCUGGCCCGUCUUCACCAUCGCUGGGUCUGCCCCGGCACAGAAAGCCAAACCUCCUCCUGAGGUGGACAGCCCUGCUCCCUUUCGGAGGCCCAGGAGACUACAGGCCCGGACGGUCAUCCAGCAGUGCACUAAGGCGAAGGUUAAGACCAAACCAGACCUGGGCGGGGCCGGCGCUCAGUGGGCAGAGAUCCACGAGGGAAUGGUUGUGUAUGUGUGCUUUCUCCACGGAGCCACUGAGGACGUCACUCAUGAGAUGGCCAGCAGUCUGAUGACCACCAAACUUUUCCGAAAAGACACCGGGCAUUCGGUUUCCGUUCUCGACCUUCCCGGGAGCGUUUUAUUUAUUCCCCAGGACUCCCUCCUCGGGGAGCUGUUGCCCAAGAGAAGGGUGCAGUACAAAGGGGGGUGUGAGCUGUGGUGGGGCGCCCAGCUCUUCUCAAACCUGGUGUCCGCCUGCAGGGAGCUCAUGUCCGGCUCGGUGAAGUGCACGAAGGCAGGCGUGAAGGUGGAGCAGGGAGUCUACGGACAGAAACAAGAGAUCAUCCUGAACUCUCUGGAGCCGCUGACACUCCUGCUGGAGUUCUGACAUCCACCUGAACAUUGUGGUGGGACGAGAGGCGUCCACCGAAUCUGAAUGGAGGGAAUAAUCCAGGACUGCUGUACUUGAGUCUUGCCUUGAGAACACUUGUUUAACAUUUUAGGCUCUUACCUGUUUUUACUUCUACAACUCCUUGUCAAGCUUUUUUUCUGUGUGCAGGUCCUCGAGCUGAUUGGUUUUACAGAGAGCUCCUGCAGAUAGAUCUACAUUUACAUCUGCACAGAUCUACACAGAUAAUUAAUGGGAAACUUCUCAAGUAUAAAUGUAGCCCUUUUCAACCAAAGGAACCAAGGAACUACGGAUCCAGUGGAACUAAACUCAGGAACUAAAAACCUAUUGUGCAUUCCUGUUUGCAUUUUAACCACAUCUGAAGAGCCUUGAAGAUUAGGCAAAUUAGAAUGAUGACAGUAAUUUAAAAAAAGGACAGCGAGAUUUGAAACACAAUUUUCACACGAGGAAACAACAGCCAAAAGGGCUCCAGAAUCUUUGUCAACAAUCUGCUGACUGCUUGAUGGUUAUUUAUUUCUGCUUUGGAACAUAGCCGGCAUGAAACUAUCAGCAAAUCCGUCUUUCAGUUACUCGCUAGCUCUCGAGACCGACCCCCAUCUCUCUCUCUCUCUCUCUCUUUCUCGCUCUUUUUUUAGUCAGGAAGCCGACAACAAACCCAGCUUUGUUUUUAAUGGUAGCAAACAACGAGAAAUGUCAGCCCUCAUCGAAAUUAAGAUACUGGAGUACUUCCUUGUUUUGUGAAUGAAGCGGUGCACAAGCUGUAGUUGCCGCAACAUCUGUGUUUCAGCCCUGCAACUUCCAGCCCGGCAGUUCCUGAACCAUCGGAGAGUUCUACCUUUUUUACACCUGGAACUAUCCUACAGGAGCUAAAUUUAGGACCAAACUCAGGUUUAGUUCCACAAAAGGUUCUUGGUCCCCAGGGAAAGUGCCUGUGGUGGAAACGCCCUGCUCUUGGUACUGGUUUCCUAGUCUCAUCUUCAUCAUUACAUACAAUACAAUUUUCCACUCUGUAAAGAAACUUGAGACCCUA